AUGAGUAAUGGUGCAACGUACAAUGCUAGAGUACCUAAAAUUAACUUAUAUUCUUUAAAUGAUGACAUUUUUUACCUUUUCACUAAACCAGAGAUUAUACUUUUUUGCGUGGAAAAAUUAAUCAAUUUGCGAACUGAAGAUUUGAUUGACUUAGAGUAUCAACUAGAAAAUAAUACAUUCCAAUCAAAUAAUGCUAAUGAUACUGCCAAUACCGAUGAAAUAAACCAAAAUUUGGCUAUAUUGAGAAGCGAAAUUGAUAAAUUGGAGUAUUUUAGUCAUUAUUUGUGUGAAAAUUCAGAAUUACAACAAAAUCAGCCAGAAAUUGUUUAUAUGGUUGAAGAUAAAGAAUUACAAGACAUUUACGAUGACAUUUACCGUUUUAUAUUUGACAUGAGAAUAAAUUCAUUUUCAAAAUACUGUACCCCACUACUUUUAACCAGAGUUCAGUGCUUAUUGAUACAUUUAAAAAAUUCCUGUAAUCCAUAUUUCCCGUCUCCUUCUAAUAGCAAAAGAAGAUCCAGCGUCGAUCAAGAUGACUUAAGAAAUGAAACUUUUAAAAAUUCUAGGAUAUAG